CUCCCACAAAAAUUUCAUAUUUUAUUUUCCGCCUUUUGCCAUUUUAAUAGCAUUUGCCCUUCUCCAAUUUACCCAAACAGUACACAUAAACGCACUACUAAAUGAGCUUCUUUGGACUUGGAAAACUCACUGGUAUUGGAAAGCAGAAGCAAUCCAGCACGCCGUCGUCAGCUGCAGCAAAAGUCCAGCCGCCACUAUUUCUACGCAAGAACCAUGCGCUGUCGCACCUAGUCAAGGGAAGCUUCAAGGGCGUGGUGCAGCUGCCGAAAUACACAGACCUCAAUGAAUGGCUGUCAAUAAACACAUUCGAGUUUUUCAACUUAGUCAACAUGUUUUACGGGGUGAUCACUGACUUUUGCACAAUCAACGAGUGCCCGACAAUGAGCGCAGGGCCCAGUACUGAGUAUACAUGGACCGACACACAACGUAAGACCAUUAAACUGGCGGCCCCGCAAUAUAUUGACUACGUCUUGUCCCAGAUCCAGACAACGCUUGAUGACGAGCGCGUGUUUCCAACAAAAAUUGGAGCUGAUUUCCCAAAGGAUAUUCGCGCCACCUUAUGUGUCAUCUAUCGCCACUUGUUCCGAAUCCUGGCGCAUGUAUACUGGUCGCACUACGUCGAGCUGCUGAACUUGAGGAUUGAGGGCCACAUCAACUCCUUGUUUGCGCAUUUCAUAUCGUUUGCCAAGGAAUUUGACCUCCUCGACCGCAAGGACAUUGCGCCGAUGGCUGAUCUCAUUGUGUUCUACGAGCAGCAGGGCAUUAUUGUUUCUUGAGGCUCUGCCGCCUUUUCUGCUAUAUUUUACAUCCUUUCAAUACAUGUUUUAAAUUUGUUC